AAGACUGUCGACUCCCAGCUUUACAGUUGUCGCGAUAGAUUUAAACGGGUUAUCGGAAGCGAGAUAUGUUUUUCUUGAAGUUCGCCACAGUACUGUGUCAAUCGCGAAGCAAGAAAGACAGUUCGCAGGCCGGAUAUGGGUCGUCCACGCAACGCGACAUUGUCUACGCGAAACAAGUGCGUUGCACUCCUGUUGUUGUGCAGCUUCGUUUGUCCCUUGUAUGCGACAACGAAUAACGGACCGGAUGAUGAGCAGGGAACAGGGCCAGUGGCACUCGUUCACAAUGCGGGCGUAGUCUCCAGCGUCCGAUCUUUAAUCCUCGACUUGGCGCCGUCUACGACCGCGGUCUCACCGUCGCCGCGCUCCGUGGCCGGUCGGCUGGUGCUGGAGUCCCUGGUGUUCCUGGCGGUGCUGGCGACCAGCCUGACGCUCUUCCCAGGCUGGUAUUCGGUGUUGGUAGCGCUGUCGGCGUUGCUGUCGCUCUACCAGUCGGCCACCACGACGGUAGCGACCGCGCCUGCUGUCUUCACGGCCAGGGGAGACGCCACUCCGCUGAACGUCAAUUGCCAGGUUCAGCUGCUGUGCGAGGUGACCCGGAUGACACGCGCGAGGUUCCCGGUUGUGGCGACUCUCCUCAAGUCGGCGGCCAGGGGCGACCACCGGGGUGGUCCCUUCGUGCAGGCCAUACUGGCAGGUCUCGGCAACGCCGACUGCAGCACGUUCUUCGGCUGCCCGCGGCACCGCAUCCAACCCCUGCUGGCAAGGCAGCCUCAGCGAUAACGUUCGAUCGUGCCACGCACGUGUGACGCCUGCUUCCAACGGAACCUGUUGCUGCUCAACGCAUGCCAGCCGCACUUCGUAAUCAUUCGACUAGAGCUAUUGAACACGAGCUCGUGCUCUUCUUGCAGCUCAGGUGGAGCUACGUAUAUGCUACAUUAUUUGUAAAAAGAGAGAGACAUACUUUAUUUCGAGAAAAACAGAGAGGUCAACAGUAUGCGCUUUUGUCUAUGGUCUGCUACACUCUAAGAAGAGAGAAAAGGAAAAAAAAAGAGAUAAAGAUUACCUGUUACUCUUAUUAGUGAGUCCUGACUUUUCACACUCUCAUUAAAGGGGCCCUGCAACACUUUUCCAAGUAGCCAUAGAAUGGCUUCAUUAAAGGAGCCUUGUUUCCUCACGAAUCGAUGACCGCAAAAAUUUUUAGAAUCCGUCCAGUACGAGCGGAGUUACAAACAUUUGUGGCACGCUGUAAUUGCUCUCUCUCGUCUUGACGAAAGUGCUGGAAGCUAAGCAGGG